AUGAUUAAAAAUGUUAUUGACAAUAUCUUAAUAGGACUACGUCAAAGAUUUAAAUCAAUGGAAAAUAUUGCUCAAGAUUUUUCAUUUUUAGAUCCAACAAUAAUUUAUUCUUGGCCUAUGGAAAACUUGAAAAGAGCGGGAAUCGAUUUAUGCAAUAAAUAUGAAAACGACCUCAACAAAAUUGAAUUCAUUUCAGAACUAGAGAGCUUUAAAGAGCAUGUUUACAACAUAGAUGACGAUUUAAAAAGAGAAACAUUUUUUGAAAUGUUGAAUUUUAUUUAUAAAAAUAAACUUCAAGAUGCAUAUCCAAAUAAAUCCGUUGCUUACCAAAUAUAUCUUACAAUGCCAGUUACUUCAGCAUCGUGUGAACGAAGCUUUAGCAAAUUUAAAUUAAUAAAAACAUAUUUAAGAUCUACUACGGAGCAAGCAAGACUUAAUAACUUAUCUAUUUUAUCCAUAGAAAAUAAAAUUGCAAGACAAAUCAAUUAUGAAGACAUAAUUAAUGAUUUCGCUGCAAAAAAAGCUAGAAAAGUUAAUUUUUAA